AUGACCUGCCUCCCGAGCUACCUGAGCGGCGGCAGUCCCUCCGCCGCCCUCCGCGCCUUGCUCAAGCCUUCCCGGAGGCACCAGCCGCCUGCCCCGCCGCCGCCUCACAGCCACCUCGCCUUAGCGCCCAGCGCAGCCCGCCUGGCCGCGUCGGUGGCUUCAGCCGCCGCCGCCGCCUUCGCCGCGUCCGGGCUCCCCUCUCAGCCGUUAGCGCUGGCGGGGCGAGGGUCUUCGCCGCCGCCGCCUCCGUCCGCCCCUUCCUCCUCGCAGCGCUGCCUCAGCUCGGAUGCUUCUUCGUCGGAGCUCCCUGCGCGGUCGGGAGGCGGCGUCGGGUUCCGCCCGGCCCGGGUGGUGGUGGUGGCCAAGACGACCCGCUACGAGUUCGAGCAGCAGCGGUACCGGUACGCGGGGCUCUCCGAGGAAGACCUCAAGCAGCUGGUGAGUGGAGGUCUCGGGGAAAUGCGUGUGUAAAUCUCCCCUUUCGGCCUGCGAAUGGGCCGAGAUCAUAGAAUGGCAGAGUUGGAAGGGAACCCUGAGGGUCAUCUAGUCCAACCCCCUGCAAUGCAGGGAAUAUGCAGUUGUCCCUUAAGGGGAUCGAACCUGCAACCUUGGGGUUAUCAGCACCCCACAAUCACCAACUGAGCUAUUCAGGCUGGCUGGGAGACCACCUGGCAUAGCUUUCAACUUUUCCCUUUUCUUGCGAGGAAUCCUAUUCGGAAUAAGGGAAGUUCCCUUAAAAAAAGGGAAACGUUGACAGCUAUGUCACCUGGAAACCGUUAUGGCCUUGACUUCCACGGGUGGGAGAAAUGCUGGCUGUGUAUGUGCUGAAUAUUCCUCUUAAAGGGAAAAAAACUGGGAAGAGGUUGUGUCCACACAGGAAAAAGAGGCAAUAGAUACAAACAGAUGUAGCAUGCGCUUUCAUUGAGCAAGCCCACUUAACUGGGCUUGAAUAUGGGUUUAGUGCACAAAAGUUUAUACCACAAUAAGUCUUGGUGUUUGCAGUCCAGUAGACAGCCUCAUCUUUGUGCAUGUAAAAGCCAGACCUUGACAUGAACACACAUUCUUUCACUGAUAACAAGGUAAGUUAGCACAGGGAGGUGACUGUUGGCGGCAGAUACUUAACACCCCAAACAGCACCCAAUCAACAACACUUUUUGUGGUUUGUAGUAGUGGCAAUUUUUCAAGCUGGUGUGUGGCUGGGGAGGAGUUCCUUUUUAGUAACAGUAUUUGGUGACUGCCUGUUUAUUCUACGUACCAACUCAGUAUGAAAGAACCAUAAAUGUAGUGGGGACCACCCAAACUGACUCCCUCCUUAUUAUAGUGAUUGUGUAGUAUCAACAGGUAUAAUUUGAAUGAAGCCAUCGUCUACUACAUCAAGAAUGGGAAAGCUGUGGCCCUCCAAAUUUGUUGAAUUCCAGCUCCAUCUGCCUCAACCAGUAUGGUCAAUUGUAGUUCAGCAACAUCUGAAGGGACACAAGUUCCAGAGCCGUGCUCUAUAUGCUUACCAUAAAUCAGUUUAACUUGAGAAACAAAUAAAAAUGUGUCUGCCCAUUAAGUGUAAGUGGUACCUCGGGUUAAGAACUUAACUCGUUCUGGAGGUCCGUUCUUAACCUGAGGUACCACUUUAGCUAAUGGGGCCUCCCACUGCUGCUGCAGCGCAAUUUCUGUUCUCAUCCUGGAGCAAAGUUCUUAACCCGAGGUAAUGUUUCUGGGUUAGCGGAGUCUGUAACCUGAAGCGUCUGUAACCUGAGGUACCACUGUACAGGAAUUUGGCAGAGAACACUUUUGGGAUGGGUGGUUCAGAGUUCAAAUUCCUAACUACCAAAACAAUUUGGAGUACCACCCUUGCACCUUUUCCAAAAAGGGGAGGGCCAAACAUAUUUGGAUAUGGUUGCCUAUCUUUUUCCCCCUUGCAACUUUUUUGGAGGGCAUGUGUGCAACUGGAGCAGAAAAUGAGUUAAGAAGGAAAAGACCUCAUCCUUUUGUUCCUAGUUUUAUCUACUCAAGGCUGCAUCUGAGGGUUAAUAAAACAAAAGAACAAAAAAAGACCACAGGAUAUUAACACUUGUGCAGUUUGACCUUAUGCUGCCAUCUAUUAUUUGGUUAAUUGCAUACAGAUUUAUUUAUUCCAAGGAUAUUGUCAACUGUCACAACAUUAUGAUAGUAACAUUCACAACAUUAUGAUAGUACCAUCAGCUAUUUGCUCUUUGAUACAUCUAAUAACUUUUACUACUAAGAAAAUAGGUGUUUUAUCUGGCCAGCACUCAGGCUUCGAAAGAUCAAGACUUUAAUACAGAAUCAUUUGAUUAAGGAAGUGGCAGUUGUACAUGUUUCCACACCCACAGGUUCACAUGGCAGUGACUGCUAACACAGAUUCAUCUUGAUUAUUUACUCUUCAGGAAAGUACCAUCUAUUUUGGUAGCACUCAGCCCCAGUCCAACUACCUAACUUGCAGCCAUGUGAGGCUAAAAUUAUUGGCUCUGAAGGGAAGGCAAGUUAAAUGAACUGUUGCAUACUCCCGAUGUGUUUAUAGUGCUGUCUUUCUCCCUUCUGGUCUUAAAUAUAUACUUUGAGGCUAUAAAAGAGAUAAUUGAUCACAUAAGUAUAGUGUAUGUAAUACAUUUACUACCUCAUGCCAUCUUAGCACACCUUCUCUAUAGCAGUCAUAGACUACUGUAUGCUGCUGACAAAGAUUCAUUCCACCCACGCAAAAUUAUAUCACAGGCCAGAUUCACUAUGUUGUUAGCCAGUAAUCUGAUAAUUCCAGCUAUAUUAUCUAUAAAGACACAGCUGUUCAUCCUGCUUUUUUCCUGAUUGACCCACUUUCUGUCUUGUUUCCCUUUUUCAUCUAAUGUAUUAUGUCCUUUCUUUUGUACAGUGAGUCUGUGAGCAGGGCACGUAUUAUUUUAACAAUUUUAGGCAGUUUAACAAUGAUCAGAUUGCUAGGGGGAAGGUGGGGUUUACAUGUUAGGAAAAAAAAUUGAGAGCAGCUUGGUUCAUGUCGGUAUACAGAAUGAACUAUCAAACUGCGCUAGAGACUCUGUAUUCAUGAAACUUCCAGCAAUGUCAGUGAGGCUUCCUGGUUCAUUCUUUAUGAAAUAUAUAUUGUUAUGACCAUUAGGUUUUCUCAAUAAUAUCUUCUGAUCAGAAUGGAUAAAAAUGAUGGCUUAAAAAUAAUAGCUUGUUAGAAUUAAAUCAUAAUAUGCUAAACUGUUAUAAUAUCUCAACACUGAAUCAGUGGCCCUCUAUUAGGGUUAAAGUGUGCUUUUCUAAGUAUGUAAAGAAGCGUGGUCAAGCAUGAUAAAUGUCACACAACUAGUCAUAUACUUAGCAAUAGUUCUCAGGCGCUUCCCCCCCUCCAUGGACCAUUUGGAAAUUGCUGAGAGUCUUUGCAGACCACUUAAUGAUUUUCCCCUUCCUUGUCUGUUGUAGCAAUUGUAAUGCACUAUGCUAGAUGCUGGAUGAUUUUAAUUGUACUUUUACAGACAUACUGUAGACCACCUGCACGAAGCUCCGCAGUUUGGGAAUUCCUGUACUACACUGUGGGCUUGAUACUGGGAGCACUAGGAUCCAGCCCUUUAUUCCCAGGAAACGGCAUCCUGUAUAAUAGGAUAAUGUACACUGUUUAUAAUUAAGUGUCUAAAUGUAUACACAUUUACCUGUCUUAGGCCUAACUUAUUUUUUCCUCCUCCCUCCCAAUGCUUUUUCCUUUGUGUCUUGUGUUUUACAUUGUAAGCCUAGGAACACAGACUGUCUUAUCCGUGUGAUACUUUUUUAAAUGAACAGCAGGAUCAAAAUGUUUAACAAACAUGCAUAGGAUUGCGGAGGUUCAUACACAGUGCUCACCUCGGUGAACAGGCAUUUUGUCAUAUAAAACUGUUCUGCCACGUCAUUUGCUAGCUGCUUCUACUGCUUUGAAAUUGGAAAUUUUAGGUUUUCCAGUUGCUUGACUACUGUUUUUCUGUGAGCUUCAAAACAAUUUGUGUCUACAAAAUAAGUAGCUUGCUAUAGAGCAGUACUCUCACACAGUCACCAGUGACUGGCUGCUGUGGAGCCAAGGACUGGCUUCUUUGUAGGAAAUAUGGUGCCAUUAAGCUCGCUCUUGUCAUUCUAGUCUUGCUCUGCUUUUGAGAUGGCAGCAGAGGGGAUUGUGGUGGCAGCCCUUUAAAGUAGUAUAACUCCUCAGGUUCUAUUCUCUUCAGAGGCUGCCUUGGCUUUGGAAACAGUAGUUCUUAAUCAGUGAUAUUCAUUCUGCUCUGAUUCUGCCAGUUGGCAAAAUCUCUUAGGCUUUCUUUUCCCACAGCCUUAGAAAUUCUCUUACUGAUGUGAAACACUUUUGUAUAUUCAGUUCCCGGCAAAGUAGAUACAAAAGUAACUUCUUUGAACACUGUUGUAGUCUUCUUUGCAUUAUCUUAUGAACUGUGUACGGUGUUUCAGAAUUUUUGCCAUAUUCAUUGUUCUCAGUAGUUUUCUCUUUACAUAUUUUCCUUAUCUUGCAUCAUACUAACAGAGAAGCACAGAGUUUUUCUUCCUACCUUGCAUGUUCUUCAUACAGUUUCGUAGGGGUGUAUUUGUUAUUUUGUGAUGUACUUUUCCAAAUGCUUAGCCUCUCAACUGGUUUUUGUCAAACAUUUCAGUUUUUCUUAUUCUAAUCAUUCCUUCAACGGACUGUUCUGUUUUGAGGGGUUGGAAGCAGUGGGUUGCAAGUACCUUCCUUUGUGGCUGUUCAAAAACUUGCUUGAAGCAUUAAAAAAAUUUUUUUAAAGCACUCUCCCAGCCCUUCUAAAUAAACUUUUAGGUGAGAAGGGCUUGCACUUUUUUUGCUUGAUAUAUUGGUCAGCCAAUCAGUACUGUAAAUUGGACUGCAAAUCCCAUCCUGGUGAGAAGUUCAUAUAUGUAGUGCAAACAUAGUGAGUGUGCUUCCAUAGCAUAUUCACCACUGACAUUUUUGGUAUUUUGAUGUAUCCCAGGAUAUCACAGGCUUUUUGUUGUUAAGUUACCUUAGUUCAGUUCUUUGCACAUAUUGUGAUUGGUUUUUUACAUUGUGCCCUUUUAUCGUGUUAACUUUGCUCAAAUAAUGUUGCAGACGCAGACCUAAUAAGCAAAAAAAAAAAAAAAAGGUGAUUUAAAAAAAUACGUCUGAAGUCUACACCAUGCAAAAGAACGGAGGCUCCAAUUUUUAUUUUAUUUGCCUUGGCAUGUAGCAUAGCUGUAAACUAAUAUUUUAAAAUCUUUGCUAACCUUGCUGAUUUGGUUUCUUGCAAAUUUUCCACUUGUGUUCCUACUUGAGCAUCUUAAAAGCAGAACAUGAUAGGAUAGAUUACAGAAAGACUGGGACUCUCUUUCCUUUCUGGAGUUUGUUUCUGCCAGGACAUUCUUAACACUGUGAGUUUACUUUGGUUUGUACAUACGCAAUUCAAGAAAAAGAUUGUGAUAAUGAGUGUUUACAUUGUCUUCUGACAGGACAAUCCAACAUUCAGACUCUUUGAAGACAUCAUUUUCAAGUGAAGCAAUAUUUUCACUGAACAAAAUUCAUUUCAUUGUGUGGUUUGUUUGAGAAACUGAUCUCUGAAAUGACAAUCUUUGGAAUCUUUGACGUACAUGAAUUGACUUGAUCUUCAAACUAUUGUCAUGGCAACUCUCUUUAAACAAAGGUGCUGUACACAAGGUUGUGGAAUGUCCUGCCAUGUGAUGCCCAAAAUCUUCCCGACGCAGUGCAUUUGGAAGGCACUGAGGCAUCGCUCCUGGCAGGUGUAAGUUGUCCACAGCAGCGGGCUCAGCACGCAAGCCUAGUAGACCAUCUUGGUAUUGGUCAUUAGCAUCACAUUAUCACACACCCUUUGGUGUUCAGAAUUUUUAUGGUCACUAAAAUUCUUUUUUAAAGCAAUUGAGAAUGUUGGGUUUUUUUUAUAACAUUUUAUUAAUUUUCCAAAAAUAAAAACAACAACAGUACCAAAACAAAACAAAACAAAUUGACUUCCCUCUAGUCCCUUCCUUGGUUCUAUUAUUUAUCAACAUAGUUUCAUUGUCAAUUUUGUCAUUUCAGCAUAUUCCUUUAAUUUAACUUGCCAAUCUUCUUUAGCUGGGAUGAAAACAAUUGAGAAUGUAAUGUAGUAUGUGUGUUACUUCUGUUGGGGUGUUCCUGUGGAAGGAUUAAUUUAGAGAUUGGUUCAUUUAGUUACAUGGUUCCAUUUCAUUCUCGCCUUGUGUAUACAACUCGCUGCUGUUUGGCUUUUUGCUCAUCUCCCCACUGAGUAUAGUGUGAUACAUUUGCUGGAUUUUUAGAGAACAUAGAUGUGCCAUGAAGGAAGCAGAUGGUUCUGUUCCUAUCUUUUCAGUUUAGUUCCUGCCCUGGCGUUCAUUGUACUCUGUCACACAUUGUACUCUAAUGUACACUUACAGAGCUAAGACAAAAUUAAGUGGCAGCUUUUCAUCCACCUUCCCACAGACCUAUGUGCUGUUACUAUAUGUUUGUAACAUGUACAGCUUGUAUGUUAAGAAUAUAACUUACUUUAAACACACAGUACUGAGAGAAUUGAGACAAAAUUCUCAGUUUAUCCAGGCAAGUAUUUGUAAGCAGAUUGAAACCUGCUAAGAAUUGCAAUCAAGUAAACAGGCUGGCAGGCCAAAAUUCUGAAGGGUAAGGAGAAUUACAAUGAAGUGUUCUCACAAAAGAUGGUGACAUUCGUAAAAACAAAUUUAGGCAUAUUUUGUUUCCCUCUUCUCUUCUGUAAGCUCAGUGACUUACUUGAUUUUAUUUUAUAUUUUGUUUUGGGUGACAUUCACAUGAACAGACUUCCUCUUUUCCUCCAUACAUGCUCCUCCAAAAUCUGCUCCAGAAGGAUGGUGGCUUUUCUGGAGCUGAUUUUUCUGGUGCUCAGAAUGCUGCAGCGGAGGAGAGAAAGAGGAAGUCAUGUUGUGCAAACAGAAAUCAUUUGUGCAAUCUUGCAGGCAUCAGUGGAUGUUUCUCUUUUUUUUAUUCUUUGAUGCAUGUGAAACUCCUAACUUUCUACAGGUUUUCUCCCUACUCUCUACAAGUUUUCUUAAGCAUUUAGUGGUUUAAUUGCUGAUGUUUUCCUUAUUUUCGAUCAUUUUGUCACCUUGGGCACUUUUCUAAGAGUUAUACUGGGAUAAAAAUUUACUUAAAUAUUUUUUGUGUAUAUUCCGUGGUCCCCAGAAAAGCUUGCCAGUGGUGGCCAGAAAUUUAAUUUCGUUACUAGAGGACAAAGGCCUCAAAAUACACAACCACAGGAGUAAGAACUUUUUAAAAGCUGGCAAUAGUAUAGGUACACAGAGUGCCUCUUUCAAUAUGGUGUCAUCGUGCUUUUCGUGCAGUAUCCUCUUGCCAGGUAUUAGAUAGAGAAGUAACAAAGCCAAGCUUCUUUAGUGACUAGAAACAGUUACCAGCGAGAUGCUAUAAUGCACCAUGACAGGAGAUACUGCUCCUAAUUUGUUCUAAACUGCAUGCUCUCAUUUCAUCCCAAUUCAGAACUCUUAGUAAAACUUAUUUUAGGUUAUAUCUUAUUAUAGCUGAUUGCAGCGUUUGAAAUUCACCAGGCACAUUUUGCACCUGGCUAUUGACCACUUGUGACCAAAUGAUCUGGAGGUGCAUGCCUCGGAUCUUGACUGUUUCCACACAUUAACAACACAUCCUAUAUAAUACUAUUCGUUAUAUUUUAUCUGCACAAUCAGAAUGAAUUUCGGGAACCAAAAAGUCGUAUUGAAAAUGCCCCCAAAUGGCAACUAGGCAUUCCAUUUGGGCAACUAUAACCCUGGUUUAAGGAGCCGUUUUGCACCUAGCUCAUGUAUUUGAGUUUCUAACACUGGUUGAUUGGUAUGUCAGAAUACAUAUGGCUGGUAGAAUAGAAUUGUAUACUGGAACUUUUCAUUAAAAUGGUAGUGUUCCACAUGCUUAUAUGCAGAUUCUUUCUUUCUUGGUUUUAGAGAAUAAACCAUUUUCAUGUUUCUGACAGUUCCAAUUUUCCAUAAAUAAAUUUAGCUUUUUCAAGCUUAGCUGUUUACAUACUGUUUUCACAUGCUUAGAAAAUUACUGCCAACUUCAUUAGAUUUUGAUUUUUGUCUUUCACAGCUUGCAUUAAAAGGCUCUAAUUACAGUGGACUACUGGAGCGACAUCGGAUUCAUACAAAAAAUGUGGAGCAUGUAGUAGAUAGUUUAAGGUAAGGGUAUGUAUCAAUAAUAAUGAUUAAUAUAAUAUAAUAUAUAAUUUCAGAGAGCAGAGGUUCUAGAAGUUUGGCACAUUAUUCUAAUGCCCAGUAUAUGAAAUUAUAAUUACUCUAUAACCAUGUAUAAUUACUCAUAACCAUGUUUAUACAUAUUUGGGCUGGGCGAUAUCUGGUUUUCAACAUCAUGAUAUAUCACCAGCUAAACUUCACAAUAUACCGAUAUAUCACAAUGUCUUAAAAAAGGAUGGAGCUGUGUAGAGGCAUUGGGGGGCUUCAUGGUUUUUCCCACAUCAUGGUUUUUGCUGGUGCCUGCUCUUUUGAUUUGCGGCACCCUGCAGGAGGCAGGGGAGAGCUGAGCUGGGAGAGUUAAUGGGAGCUGCAGGAGUUGAGAGAAGCAUUGGGUGGCUUCACAGUUUUUCCCACAUUGUGAUUUUUGCAUAGCACACAUUAUGAUUCACGAUAUAUUCCUAGGUCAAAAGGUAUGAAAUUGAUAUCACAAUAUGGACGGUUUGGGGUGAUUUAUCAUCCAGCCCUAAUACAUAUGAAGGGGACUGUAUAUAUAAAAGAAAGGGAAAACUGACUCUUUGCUUCUUUUUCUGUUAGCAGCCCUCCACAUUCAGUUUCAGAAGUUUCUCGUAGUUCAAACAAGAUAGUCGGGGCAUUUUAGUUUAGAGAAAGGCAUGUAGGAGGGGACAUGAUAAUGAUAUAUAAACUUAUGAUAAUGGUGUAUAAAAUUACGCUUGGUGCAGAUGAAAUGGAGAGAGCAAAAUUAUUCUUUCCCCAUAAUACUAGAACUCAGGGACAUACAGCGAAGCUGAAUAUUGGAAGAUCCAGGAUCGAAAAAAGAAAAUACUUCACAUAGCACAUAGUUAAAUCAUGGAAUUUGCUCCCACAAGAGGUUGUGAUUGCCACCAACUUGAAUAGCUUUAUUUCUAUUAAUUUAUCUAAUCCUUUUUAAAAAGCCACCAGUGGAUAUAUUCUACCCCCACUGUGUUGCUUUGAAUACCAGUUUCUGGGAAUCGCAGGAGGGAGAGCGCUGUUGCACUCAUGUUCUGCUUGUGGUCUUCCCAUGGCCAUCUGUUUGGCUACUGUGAGAACAGAGUCCUGGACCAGAAUAGCGUUAGGCUUGAUCCCACAGGGCUCUUAUUUUCUCUGUCGAAAAAGAUGUACAAAGGUUAUCUGUAUGCAGUUCUCUGCAUACACAAGUGUCAGUGUGCAUUCAAAGCUAUUGUUGCAUCAUUUAACCAAACUGGACAACAGUAGGAUAUUGUUGAGUUUUUGACUGACCUUGUAAUCAGUAGAACAUAACCGGCAGUUUCACUCUUGAGUUAGUUUUAAAUUGAACAACAUAAUAACAACCACAGACUAUUUUUGUUUGUUUUUCUUUCAACAACAACAACACACACACACACACACACUCACUCACUGAUUGUCAUAAAACCUCCAAGUGGUUUAUGCAAAAAGCCCUACAAUUACUAAAAGAUGGUUAGAAGCAGGUGUUUAAAAAAAAUUCAAAAGAUAAUUAAAGUCAGCAAUAAUCUAACUACAAUUUUAACUACAGUUUACACUAUAGGUUUUGAUGUAUAUAUGCGCAGGUUUUGCUGACUCUAGGUUGAGCUCUUCCUGAAUAACAACCCAAAACCUUUUGAUACAUAAUCCUGUGUUAGUAUAUCGGAUUUAGCAGAGGAAGGUGAUGAAAGGGAAGCAUUAUAGCAAAACCCCUUCUGUGUAAAUUAAGAGUAGUAAGCCUGUUGGCCUUGAAGUUGUUGGUCUCCAACUCCCUUCAGCCACAGCAAGCAUGGCUGAUAGACAGGGAAGGUGGGAUGUAGUCUAUCAAUAUCUGGAGUGACACAAGCCAGCUGUUCCUGGUGUAAAAUAAUUAUAAUCUUUCAGGGAACUGGUAAGUAGAGUGAAAGUAAGUAACUAUCACUUGAUGCAAGUGAUAGUUAUCUUCCAUGGGACUAAUAAUAAUAAUAUUUUCUUAUUUAUACCCCGUCCAUCUGGCUGGGUUGCCCUGGCCACUCUGGGUGGCUUCCAACACACACACAAAAUCAUAAUAAAACAUCGAACAUUAAUAGUAACAAUCAGAUCCUAUAUAAAAAGUCACAAUAACCCAAUAUUCAUACUUGUGGUGUUUUUUUUUGCUUCCCUUUUCUGAGGUCAUUAUCAAAGUUAUAUAAACUAGCUUUUUAACUUGACAGUUUGCAUUCCUUUUAAGCCCUUCAAACCUGACUAAUAAUCACUUGCAUUUCCAUAAAUCUUCAGGAAUGAGAAGAUUGAGGUCCGACUUGUGAAGCGCAGAGAAUAUGAUGAAGAGACAGUUCGGUGGGCAGAUGCUGUUGUAGCAGCAGGAGGUAUUAACUUGUGAGUGGGGAUGGGUAUUUUGAAUUACAACAAACUUGUGGGAAUAAUUGUUUAGCAGUAUGAACAGUUGGCUUAUCAAUAAAUAAGUCUUAACCUGAACUACCAGAAUAAAGUUGAUUUAGUGUCAACACAUGCAGGGGUCUGGAACGUAACCCUUGCACAAAACACUCAUUGCCUGUAUACAAAUUCUGAAACAUUCUGUAGAGGUUGUUACCUAGGCUUUGUGCACCUGUUUUUCUUUUUCUUCAAAGGUAUAAUUUCCUUAUGGCAAAUUGAGUUCCACAUCAAAAUCUAUUUUCACUCUUAAUUUUAUACAAUAAUGGUUUAAAAGUUUGAGCACAAAAUUCUUUGUACUUGAUACUUCCAUUGGAAUAUUUAAAUCUUAUGUAAAAGUAAUCUGAUCUCAAACUAUUUUUCAUCUAGGUGAUGGCACAAUGCUUUUGGCAGCCAGUAAGGUGUUGGAUCGGUUAAAACCAGUUAUUGGAAUAAACACUGACCCAGAUAGGUGAGCCUAAGACUUAGAUACCUUGUCAUAUUGUAAGCCACAUCAUUAAAAGUCUAGUGGCCUGUGAGUGCCAUGUGGGGCAUUUUCUGUCAUUGAUAUGCAUACCGUGACUUCCUUUGCCAGUUUAUUAUGCACAUUAUUCAUAGUUUUUCCUUAUUUAUCACAAAAUUGAUUGCAUAUUUGUGACUUCUGCAUGGGUCUAAAUGGUCAAAGCUAGGUAAGAGUAGCAUGGACAGAAGUUGAAUUUUAACUAUACUGUCCUGCUAAUCUAGGAUAUAUUUUAACUGGGCUAUUGUGUAGUAUGCUAACUAUGACUGUAGAUCAGGGAUUGCCAGACUGGCGCCCACAUGGUCCAUGGUGCCUGCAAAGGCCUUCAUUGUUGUCCUCAGGCAGGGCCCUAGCUUUCAUUUUAAAACAUAGCAAGACUUUAAACCUCCUACAAAAAAGUUAUAAAGCAAAAUGUGCAGGUACAUUUCUGUAAAAUGAGCAAGCCUGGCUGCUUCUGCCUGUCAGUGCUUUUAGCCAAUGAGUGAAGUCAGAGCAGUGAUUGAUAAAUGAGUUGUUUAGACAGCCCACAAUAUGAAUCCUUGGGACCCUAAGGAGCUGCUGUUUUCCCCUCCCAGUUAAUACACUUUCCCUGCUUAUUUUCUAGGCAGAAUUUCAACAGGUUAACCCUUUUCUCGUGUGGAAACACAAUUAUGUGAAAGGCUUCACCAUGAUUGUACACUCUCUAAUUUAGCGUUAUGCCCCCAUGGCAGCCAUUUUGUUGUUUUUAGUCACUUCAAUACAUGAACAACAAUUUUUGGAAAAUAGAGUGCCUAGGCAUAUCUUGCAUAGAAUGCUGUCUAAAAGUGAAAAUCGCCCAGCUAGCUACAAUAAUGUAAUCCAGUAUUGUAUUACUUACUCCCUUUUUUUAGAAUGGGUGAGAGGGAACAGAUCUUUGCCUGAAGGAGGUAACAGAAUACUGUGAUUUCAUGCCUUAUUCUCGCCUUGUUAUGUUAUAUUCAGAUCUGAAGGCCAUUUGUGUUUACCUGUACGAUAUACACACUCAUUUCCAGAUGCCCUACAGAAACUCUAUCGUGGUGAGUUCAGGUAGGUUAGAGCUUAUGUAUCUCUAGACAAUUGUUUAAAAGAAAUGUAAUUUUUUGUAUUAAUACAGCUAUAGUAGGGAACAGACCUGAAGACUAUUUGUUCCAGCUCUGCAUUAAUGUGGGAACCAAUGUGUCCAAAACAGUACUUAGUGUGAUUUGUGGAACAGUCACACAUUUCCGUUUUAUACAGAAUGGCUUGGAACUGGGAGCACAGAUGAAAGCUGAAGGAGUUACGCGGAUGCAGAAUUUUUUUUUAAAUGUACAGAUUCAAGGGGCCACUGCACAUCCCUAGAAUUUAUUGAGUCUGCAGUCCAUAUCAAAGUAGUGCAAAAACAUUUAUACUCAACCAGGUCUUGGGCUGAUUAUUGUAUUGUUUUUAUUGUUGUUUUUAUCAUUUUGUGUUUUUAUGUUUUAAACCACUCUGUGGUCUUCGGAUGAAGGAUGGCAUAGAAAUUAAAUUAAAAAUUAAAAUGCAUUUAAAACAUAGAAUGUAUACAUAUAUAGAGCCUUCUAUACUAGUACUAAAAUACUGAAUUUGGCCCAGUAGCAGAUAAGCAGCCAGUGCAGAUCUCACAGAUAAGAUAUUUAUAUAUGCUUGACCCUACAAGCAGCCUGGCCACAGUGUUAUCAACAGCAGACCCUCCUUUCUUGAAGCCUGCCUUAAAGCAGGAUUGAUUCUUUUGUGCAAACUGUAAGUGCCCAGCAGGAUUAUAGACAAUACAGGGUCACUGAGCAAUAAGAGGGAGCUAUCAACACACUUAAAGGAAGCCCGGAGUUAGCUAAAAUACAAAAGAAUUGGUGUAUGUGUGUGCGGUUUAAAACAGCAAGAACGAAAACCCUAAAACAGCCUAAGGAGGACUAAGCAUGCUCAGUGAUCACAGAAUGCCAAGAAUCUGUAAAGGCAUGCGGGAGUGGAAUGGAGCAUGGAGGAGGACUUGACUGGAAUGCUGAACAGGUUCCUCUUGUAAAUAGCUUUAAAUGAUGGUGAGUUCUUCCUCCCCCUUUCCAGUAUUACAGCUCAGUUUGUUCAGAAGGAUGGGAAAAGAAAGUGAUCCUUCACUUUGUGGUGAGACCUUGCUAGGCUAUCAAGAUUUCCCGGUUCACAUGCCUUCUGACAACCUCCGGUUCAGAUGGAGGAAAACACAGAAAAGCUGUUUAAUAUCAGUUUAAUGCUAUAAAAUGGCAUUAAAUGCACAAUGUAAUCAAUCAUCAUUUAGUCUGGAUAAUGUUGGAAUUUACAGAAUUUUUGACAUUUUGCUGAAUGUGUUGCAUUUGGGGGUUUGUGUUAAUUAUUGAAACAGAUAAAAUAAUAUCACUUAUUUCACUAAAGAUUGUUAGGUAAUAAAUGCAUUGAUGUUUGAGUGGUUUAGUUCAUGUUGAGUUACAUGGGAGGAUAUUCAUUCCACUGGUGGAGGAAGAGGGGUGCAGGGGGAGCGUACUGCCCCCGGCAGCGCAAUCCCGGUGGGGUGCCAUCGUGGCUGCCCCCCCACCUGCGGGAGGCAUGCCACGCCCCCGGGAUGCCGCCAGCCACGCUCCCGCCUGCUCUCCGCCCCCAGUGCUGGAGCAUGAAGCUGGGCCUCUGAUUCAUUCCAAUCUCUUGAAGACUCAGCAUUUAGUUAUGCUGCAUGGACAUAUUUUAGGAGAUCAGCUGAGUAAAACUAUAGAGAGAUAUCUGACACGAAUGAUUUCAUCAUAGCUAUUGCUGAUCGGUGUGCAAGAAUCAAUACCCGGCAAGGCAAAUUUUAGAUGUUCAUGUUUUGGAACAUUUACUAUUGACACACACAAUAAGAGGCAUUUAAUUCCGAAGCAUAAGAUACUGGAGAUAUCUUUAUAGCCAAGGAUGGGAAACCUGUGGCCCUCCAAAUACUGCUGGACUCAAACUCCCUCAGCCCUAACCUACAUGGCCAGUAGCCAAGGCUGAUGGGAAUUGUAGCCUAGCAAAAUUUGGAGGGACACAGAUUUCUCAUUAACUCUAUAACAGUCAUAAUACCUUCAUAUAGAACGAACGGGAUUGGGAUUUGUUUUUUAUCAACUGGUUUAAUAUGUAUAGCUUGAACACCACUACCAUAAAACUGGUUAAUUAAAUAGGGUGACUUUCUGCAAUGUGAUCUUAUAAAUGAAGUUGGGACUUGCUUUUGUUUGAUGUUACUAAGUUUUGUAUGUAAUGAAAAUCAGUAAAGAUAAAUAUUAAAUUUAAAAAUAACUUGAUCAGUAAUGAUAAAUAUUAAAUUUAAAAGAGAACUUUAUUGUUGUGUGCAAUAAACAGAGGUAGAGAUAACAGUGAUAACCUUUAGGUGAUAUUAUCAGGGACUACCUAGGUUCUCUUUAUACCUUUAUAUCACCGCAAGAACUUCUGUGUUUCGCCUAGGGGCAGAGGCAGAACUGAAUUACAACUAGUUGUUGAUUUGAGAGAUGAGGAACCCUCCAUUUCAGGGUCAGGGAUCUUCCAGCUUAUGGGCCUAAUUAGGCUGGACACUAGUCCUUAUUUGGCCCACAAGACUGUUUCCCUCAGACUUUGCCCACAUCUGAGAACAUACAAACUCCUGAUGGCUCUUUGAAGCAGGGCUUGCUGACAGCUAGCCUCACUGGGAACUCCUGCACUAAAAAACCUAACCCCUGGAAUGGUCUCCGUUGAAUGUCUCAUAAUUUCCCCCAUAGUAAGUUUUAGAGUUUAAAAGCUUACAUUGUAUUUUGUAACAUUUUGGUUGGCCCAGUAAAGGUUUUAUUUUCUUGAACUAUUGAUUCAUGCAGAAAAAUUGCCAGACAUUUCAAUUUGUUUGAUUCUUGUGCUAUUUUCUCCUUUUUAAAGAUGGCAAUGGCGGCAACGAAUCCGUUUAUAUCUUGAAGGGACUGGCAUUAACCCUGUCCCUGUUGACUUGCAUGAACAGCAGUUGAGUCAAGAACAGCACAGCAGGGCCCAUGUUAAUGGAAGAUUUCAGGAUCAAAGUGAGUACAGUUUCAAUCCUAAAAUAUAAUCCACUCACUGGUGUGCAAUGAUCUUUUGUUCAAUCUUGAGAUGUGAUGUUAAUGCUAAUCUCAAAUAUGUAAGAGAAACAUGUUCAGAAUAGAAGGUAACUCGUCGAUUAAGUACAAGGCCCUCUUCAAUAAAUGAAUAGCCAGACUUUUGUACAAUGAUUUCUUUCACAUCAAGUGUGUACAUCAAGAACCUCUUUAUUUUGCUCCUGGUAGUCUUCCAUAUCUGUCUGUAUUCACACACACCUCUAUAAUAAUCUUACCGUUUUGCUUUCUGGUGAUGCUUAUCCUGUUAGCCUGUCAGCACUGAUUUGCCUAUAUUUGCAGGGUCUCAGAUAUCUGAACCACACCUCUUGCCAGUGAGAUCAUUAAAUGAAGUGUUUAUUGGAGAAUCUCUCUCAUCCAGGUAUGCUAGAAUCAUAAGCAUUUUUGUUUGGGACUGCUUGUAAACUUCAAUAUCCUUUUUUCCCUUCUGUGUGUAAUAAUGUAUGUAAAUAUAUUCAGACUUAAUUACUGGAUCCAAAUUAUACAUUUCUGCAAUUUCCCAAAUCUGUGAGAAAGCAGCAUAGUUCUACAUAUAUAUUUUCCUAUCAUGUUUCAAAAGGUCUUAUUUGGACACACACAUUCAACUUUGGAUUCUUUUCCUGCAUGUAGUGUAUCAUCUUGCAUAUCAAGCAUAUGUUAUUGAAGUUCUGGUCUUCAUUGUUUAUCACUGACUCCAACCAUUUUUCGUAACUGGCUCAAACUGUAAAACAACCUGAAGGGUUAUCUAAUAGUACACUAACUAUUUAUCAUCCUCCAUUUCUACAGUGUCUGACAACACCUCUCUGCAUGUUACUGGCUAAAACACAUAAUACAUUGUACGUAAUUAGUAAAAAUGGGGAAAUUAUCAUAGUGUUUAAAACUGUGACCUAUUUCUCUUAAUUGCUGACACUUUUUCAUCUUUCAGUUCUUCCUUGCUUUGUGCUUCCUAACACAGUAUGUUUUAUGUAGGAAAGGAGAAUUGAAGUCUGCUGCUUCCCCUCCCCCCAAAAAAAUAUUAAGCAGAAGGGCAUGGAAGAUUGUGGAGAUCAUUCCUUUUCCCUUGCUGGAAGGGAUUAAGCAUGGGAGCAAUACUACCAGUUCCAUCUAAUAAUGGGGAUUAUUGAAGAGUUUUGAAUGAGCAGGCCCAUAAGUGUUUUGUGAGUUGAGAAUUUGAGGUGUGUGGAGAUGACUGAAUGAUGAUCAUGGAAUGGGAUUGCUUGGUCAAGUGGUGGAUGAAAAGGUGAAUGUUAGGCAUGGUUGACAUUUUAUAUUUUAUGGGGUGUAAAUUUGGGAAGUGUAGUAGGGAAGUGUGGUAGAAAUAUCUGUUUAGAUGCCAAAUUGAGUAUUUGGUUGUUGGUAGCUAGUUUGAUGCUCUUCAGAUUUUGUUGGAUUACAGCUUCCCUCAUCUCUGACCAUAAGCCAUGCUUGCUGGGGCUGCUGGGAGUCAUUGCCUAACAUAUGUGGAAGGCAUCAUGUUGACUAGCCUUGGUUUAAGUAAAAUGAAUAGUUUGGAAAAGCAAAACUGGGGGUGGAGAACCCAUGCUCCACCAGAAGUGUCUGGAUUCUAGCUCCCAUCCGCUCCAGCCAUCAUAGUUAGUGGAGAAAACUGAUGGGAGCUGUAGCCCAGCAGUAUUUGGAGGGCCAGAGGUAUACAAGUUGCAGGCACAAAUUCUAUUACUUGCAGUUCAGUCUUAAAAUUCCUUUUUGAUUUCGAUGGCACAUACAUAUGGGAAGAAAUUACUAAAGCUGUGUGCACUAAUGCUGCAGUGUGGGAAAUACUUAUACCCUGUCCAAUUAACUACAGAUGAACCCACAGAAUUAAGGUAGAAAAUUCUAAAAGGCUUUCAAAAUGGCUUGCUAUCUUACUAACAAUUUGCUGUAUUUUUGAAAAUUAAUGAAAACUUACCAAUCAAAAAUCAACCUUCUUGCUUCAUUAAAGAACUGCUGUACUAAAUUUAAUGUGAAAUUUUCAGCCAUGUUUGAAAUUGCCCUUUUAGAUUGGUACGUGCCUGAUGUGGGGUUGUGUUCUGUCUUAUUCAGGGUGAACUAUAAGUCCUGCAAACCCAGUUUUAAAUUCUCCCUUCAUAGGGCCUCUUACUAUGAAAUAUCAGUUGAUGGUGGUCCAUGGGAGAAACAAAAGAGCUCAGGUCUCAACAUAUGCACUGGAACAGGAUCAAAAGCCUGGUAAGUUUGGUGUAGCCUUAAAAUGUUAGUUCUUUGGCUUUUCCAAUAGGAGUAAUCGGUAAACACAUUUUCAUAGAAGAUAGAGCAUGUUGUAUCAUCUUGAAGAAGUUGAGAACCAGCUCAUGAAAUGGUCAAGUCCACUUGAGUUCUAUCAAGCUGCAAUUCUAUACCAACUUGCCUGGAAAUUAGAUCCAUUAAAUCCAGUGAAUCUUAAUUUUGAGUUGGCAUGUCUUGUGUUGAGUUGUUUGGCUUCUGGGUGCCAAGCAGGUUUUUUUUUUCUUUGCAAAGGAUGCAACUUCCCCAUGCUAAAUUGUGGCUUCUUUUGAAAUUCCAGCUUCCAAAGCAUUUUGUUAAUGCAGGACUGGUGGCUACUGUUGUUAGGGAAACAGAAAAUGGGGUGGUGGUAAUUUUAAAAAUGGGUAUGCAAAGUUGUGUGAUUCAUUAAAUUGUGGUUUUAGUUUCUAAAUUCUGUAAUAACGUUUGAGUGUGCUACAUGUGUAGACAAAUAACCAAUUUUAAUGCUAAUACCUUGUACACUUCUGGGACUGUAGCUCUUCAAAAUUAAGGUGAGGGUGCUUGAAUGCUCCCCAUGCAACCUAGCAGUUCGAAAGCAUGUCCAAGUGCAAGUAGAUAAAUAAGUACCACUCCGGCGGGAAGGUAAACGGCGUUUCCGUGCGCUGCUCUGGUUCACCAGAAGCGGCUUAGUCAUGCUGGCCACAUGACCCGGAAGCUGUACACCGGCUCCCUCGGCCAAUAAAGCGCGAUGAACGCCGCAACCCCAGAGUCAGCCACGACUGGACCUAAUGGUCAGGGGUCCCUUUACCUUUACCUUACAUGGUACACUUCUGGGACUGUAGCUCUUCAAAAUUAAGGUGAGGAUGCUUGAAUGCUCCCCAUGUAACACAAACUCCUCAAACAUGGAUAGCAGGCCCAUUAUGGAAAGAAAUAGCUGCUCAGUCUUCACACUGCGGGGUGUAACUUGACUGAAAAUUGUACUGCCUCUGAUCUUUGGAUGAAGGCAGUAUAGAAAUUUACUACUACUACUACUUCUACUACUACUAUUAAUAAUAAUAAUCGGACCUUUUGGAAAGAAUUAUUCUUCUCCAGUGGGGCUUGUUGUUUUGUUUUAUGAGCAUGCAUGUGUUUUGUAAGGUUAGUGAGUUUGAUGAUUCUAGUUGAAAAGUGGAAUAUAAACUGAAUAAGAAAAAUACAGCAUUUAAUAUGAUAAUGAAAUAAAAGAAAAAUGCCUGUUGGGUUGAUACUUUCCAGUGUUUAGGAGAUUUCAGGUUUAGGGUUUUUUUGAAGUCAGAAGUUGUAGUAAGGGGUUGAAAGGAAAUGUUAGUGUUGCUUCCAGUUGACAUAAAAUCUGUUCCAUUGAGGUUAUGCAAGUAUUUUUUUCACUCCUGCUUUUCAGCUAGAAAUUGGCUCCCAGUUUUUAAAAUCCUCUACAUUUAAGACAGUAGAGAAUGCUAGAGAAAGGGUUGGGAGGUCUCCCAGCUGGAGCUAGUCCAGGUCCUUAAGAAGUACCUUCUUCCACAUAAAUACUUCCUGUAUCUGAAUAUUCUAUUCAGAAGCCCUGCUCCAUGUGUCCCUGCCAAGUGAAAGGAAGCAGGUGGCAACUGGGGAGAUCUUCUCCAUGGUAGCAUCCUAGCUACAUUAUAGCCUCCAAGAGGGGUCACCUGGCACUUCAUCUGUGAUCUUUUCAGUGUCAGAUGAAGGGCUUUAAAAACAACUUUUAAUCUGAGCUGCUAAUGAUUUUAUUUAUUUAUUUUACUGGUGCAAAGCUUUUUGGACAGUAAAAUUCAGUUUUUGUUGCAUUUUAAAUGUAUCCUAAUAUUAUUCAGUAAGCUACCCAAAGAACAUUUGUUGGUGGGCAGCCGUAUAAAAAUACUGUAUAAUAAAAUCCUUGUUUUUAUUUCUGUUUGUAGGUCUUUUAAUAUCAACAAGGUAGCAAAUCAGGCUGUGGAAGAAAUCCUUAAGAUUGGUGAGUUACCAGCACCAUAACUACUGACCAGCAAAUGCAAAAGAUAAUUGUAUCUAAUAGAAGAAUUGUGUCUAAUUCUUCCUUUUUUUUCAACAGCUAAAAGUUAUGAGAGCUUAAGGCUUCCAUUGAACAAGGAACUUGUACAGAAAGGUAUAUUUGACUUUAUCAUAGUUUCUGAGCUUAUGGGCAAUAUGUUUCCUUUUAACUUUUGCACAGGACUUUGUUUUUCAGAAUUGUAGAAAUGGACAUUAUAUUAUGUAUUUAGCUUUCACAUCUAAUGUUACUCAGAUCUUCGAUAGGACAGGCUAAUAGUUUUUUAAAUCCUCAUAAUUAGAGUGAAAAUAGAAUAUGCAGGCAAAUAUAUUUUCACAAAUCUUUCAGAAUAGGAGUGUAAGUCAUUUGUUAUUUAAAAAACAAAAGUCUAGUAUUUAUUGCUUCACACACGUGCAGAAGCUGAUAAUCUAAUUUGUGUGCUUUCAGUAACAAAUGGAUAUAAUGAAUCACUACUGUAUAGUCCAGAGGAACCCAAGAUGUUUUUUAGUAUACGAGAACCUAUUUCAAACCGCGUUUUUUCAAGUAGUCGACAACGGGGUUUUGCUUCAAAGUAAGUAUUGACUGCAGGUGUUUGGUUUAAAUUCAAGAUUGUGACAAAAUAUGUAACUACAGUUUUUCAGAGAAUAGGAAUCCUACUUUCAAUCCUGUGAUUGAAAUGGAUUUUUUAUUUCAUUUUACCAUAUCAUAAUCAUGGUUCCCAGUUUGUCUGACGCUGCUAUCCAGUAAGCAUCAAGGUGACCCAUUGCAUCUUUGAAAUGGUGAGGAAUAAAUACUGUUUUAAAAGUUAAAUCUAGAGUUUCCUUAACUCAUAGUAUACCAUUCCAUGGAUCUUUCCUUCCUAAUGGUGUUGGCCAGAUCUUGUCUUGUUGCAUCUAUGGAGAAGGCCAUUUUAGUGUGGGUAGCUCUGCCUAGCAAGUCUAAAGGCAGGGCUGUUAACAUUAGCCUUAUCCUAUAAUCUUGCUUCCCCCCAAAAAAAAAUAUUUUUGCCAGUAUUAUCUUUCCUUCAUUUUAGCUUAGCUAUAGAGAAGCAGAAAAUAUCUUCCUGGUUUUUCUGAUGAAUGAGUUUUUACACCAGGGUUCCCUCCCCUCAUCCAAAACACAGAAUAGUAAUUAUAUCAUUAGAUAUUAAUAUGGUUUAAUGUUUUAAAGCAGGGAUGGGAAGCCUGUGGCCCUCCAGAUGUUGUUAGACUCCUAUCAGUCCCAGCCAGCAUGGCGUGAUCUUACUUUGCAUUAGUUCAGAGGGACUUUCAGUCUGCAGGUUUAAUACUGUUGCUCAUCCCAAAUGCAUGUACAUGUAUGUGAACAAGUCAUGAAUCCCUCAACGGUUGGAAGCUUUAUUUAAUACUGCUUUCAUUUCUACACAUCCUGAAGCAUGAAGCUUUUCAACAGCACCCCCUCUCCAAAAAAAGUUUAAAGAUAAGUUAUCAGGAACAAAUGCACAUUUGUGGAAUACGAUUCUGUCAUAGUAUCUGUAGUUUGCUGUUGGUUAAACUGGGCAGCUGAGUAGGUGUCAUUUGACAGAUGAGAUCUUAAAACUAGCAUACCAGUAAAUGGAUUUUCAUUUUUAAUUGGUUAAGUAGGUAUGACCUGAUUUUACUUCCAAUAGUGUAGAGAUUAAUAGUGAUAAAAUUACUCAAGCAUGAUUUUUGUAAAAUAGUGUAUUCCUUCUAGCUCCCAUUGUAAAUGAAACUGUUUGCUUGAUUUGUAGGUCUGUACUAGUGUUCUUUAAAUGUAUUUUCAGAGUUUGCAUUCGCUCUCGUUGCUGGGAUGCCUGUAUGGUUGUAGAUGGAGGAACUUCAUUUGAAUUUAAUGAUGGAGCAAUAGCGUCAAUAUUGAUCAAUACAGAAGAUGCACUGCGUACUGUUUUGCUAGACGAAUGA